AUGGAGAAGGCCAAGGCAAAAGCAAUGGAGAAAGUCAAGGCAAUGGAGAAGGCAAAGGCAAAAGCAAUGGAGAAAGCAAAGGCAAAGGCAAUGGGGAAGGCCAAGGCAAUGGAGAAGGUCAAGGCAAUUGAGAAGGUCAAGGCAAUGAUGAAGGCAAAGGCAAAAGCAAUAGAAGGUCAAGGCAAUGAUGAAGGCAAAGGCAAAAGCAAUGUAGAAGGCAAAGGCAAUGGAGAAGGUCAAGGCAAUGGAGAAGGCCAAGGCAAAAGCAAUGGAAAAAGUCAAGGCAAUGGAGAAGGUCAAGGCAAUGGAGAAGGUCAAGGCAAUGAGGAAGGCAAAAGCAAAAGCAAUGGAGAAGGUCAAGGCAAUAGAGAAGGUCAAGGCAAUGAUGAAGGCAAAGGCAAAAGCAAUGUAGAAGGCAAAGACAAUGGAGAAGGUCAAGGCAAUGGAGAAGGCCAAGGCAAAAGCAAUGGAGAAAGUCAAAGCAAUGGAGAAAGUCAAGGCAAUGGAGAAGGCAAAGGCAAUGGAGAAGAUCAAGGCAAUGGAGAAGGCCAAGGCAAAAGCAUUGGAGAAGGAAAAGGCAACGGAGAAAGUCAACGCAAUGGAGAAGGCCAAGGCAGUGGAGAAGGCAAAAGCAAUGGAGAAGAUCAAGGCAAUGGAGAAGGUCAAGGCAAUGGAGAAGGUCAAGGCAAUGGGGAAGGCCAAGGCAAAAGCAGUGUAGAAGGUCAAGGCAAUGGAGAAGGCCAAGGCAAAAGCAAUGGAGAAGGAAAAGGCAAUGGAGAAGGUCAAGGCAAUGGAGAAGGCAAAAGCAAUGGAGAAGGCCAAGGCAAUGGAGAAGCUCAAGGCAAUGAGGAAGGCAAAAGCAAAAGCAAUGGAGAAUGCAAAGGCAAUGGAGAAAGUCAAGGCAAUGUAGAAAGUCAAAGCAAUGAAGAAGGUCAAGGCAAUGGAGAAGGCAAAGGCAAAGAAGAAGGUAAAGGCAACAAAGUAGGCAAAUGCAAUGAAGAAGUCAAUGGCAAAGGCAAUGUAAAAGGCAGUGGAUAAGGCAAAGGCUAUGGAGAAGGAGAGAACACUGAUAGAUUCACUAUGGUGGAGAGCCUCCAUAGUGUAUAUUUCAGGAAAUAGGGUUACACAUUGAUUGUACUGCACAACUCUUGUGUUGAAAGGCAGUGUCACACAACUGAAUGCACACCCAAAGAUACAGUUCAAUGCACAACUAUACAACCAAUGCACAACUGUAUGUACAUCCACAUAUGCAUUUCCUUCUAUGUGCUUCUCCGCAUGUCAAUAUAUGUACAUAGCACAUGUAUGCAUAUCCAUUGUCCAUCCAUGAAGAGUACAAAUGACACC